CCUACUCUCAGUUCCCGCGAGUUUCUUCUCUCUGCUCCGCAAUCCUGCAAUCUUCUCCAACUCGGGCGAUUCGACUCAGCCCAGCGAUCGCAGCAAGCCGGAAGGGGAAAAGAUGUUCUUCCUCCGGGUCCACUCGGUGGACACCGACCACCCCCUCGCCACCGACGACGGCGGCUUCUCCUCCUCCUCGCCGCCGCCGCCGCCGCCGCCGCCGACGAGGAGCCCUAGGUUCACCGAGCGGAGGGGCAUGGUCCACCUGUUCCGGACGCUGUCGCACGCGCCCCUCUCGAGCCCCGGCGCCCGCUCCACCACCCUCUUCGUCGUCGCCGUCCCCAAUUACUUCUCCCCCGACGACUUCAUCCGGUUCUGCGGGCCCCGCGUCGACGACGUCUCCGAGCUCCGGUUCAUCAGGAAUGAUGGGAUGGAAGAUAGGUACAGUGUGCUGAUCGAGCUUACCGAUCAAAAGGCUGCUGAUGGUUUCUAUUGCACCUUCAAUGGCCAGAAUUUCUCGCCUGCUGAGGUUGAGGUAUGCCAUAUUCUAUAUCUGCACGAAGUGGACUAUACGGAAUCAGCUGAUGUAGCUAGCACGCCCCCGUCGGGCUUUGCGGAGCUACUCUCUUGUCCAGUUUGUCUUGAGAGAUUGGACCCAGAUACCAGCGGAAUUUUGAGUACACAUUGUGACCAUUCCUUUCAUUGUUCGUGUGGUACAAAAUGGACUUACUUGUCUUGUCAGGUUUGCCGACUAUGCCAACAGCAAGAUGAGGUGCCAUCUUGCUUUAUUUGUGGAACAAUGGAAAAUCUUUGGGUUUGUCUGAUAUGUGGUUUUGAGGGAUGUGGAAGAUACAAAGAUAAGCAUGCAAUCAGCCAUUGGAAAAAUACGCAACAUUGCUAUUCUCUAGAUUUAAGAACACAGCAAAUUUGUGAUUAUGUUGGGGACACUUACGUUCACCGGCUUAAUCAAUCAAAAGCUGACGGCAAGCUUUUGGAGAUGAAUUCAUACUGUGAAUCACCUGAAGGAGAUUGUGGUAGCUGUGGUUGUAGCGAGGAUUCCGAAAUUAGUGGGGUGCUCUUCAGCAGCAAAAUUGAAGCAAUUCACACCAACUAUAUUCAUCUAGCUUCAACUCAACUGGAAGCACAAAGAAAACAUUAUGAGUCUCUCAUGCUAGAAGCCAAAAGUAGAAAAGAAAAUUCCAAACUAGAAGCAAUCGAGAAAGCUGUGACUUCAAAGAUUGAAGACAUCCAUAGUAAGCUGGGGAAACUUGGUGACGAAAAGAAGGCUGUGGCAGAGCUUAAUCAAACUCUUAUCAAGAGCCAAGAUAUAAUGUGGAGAAAGGUUAAGGAAAUUGAAGAGAGGAAAACUCUGUCACUGAAGUCGAAGGAUGAACAAAUACUUGACUUAGAAGAACAGAUCAGAGACCUUAAGGUGUAUAUUGGAGCCCAGAAAACUCUCGAUAAGAUGAAUGAUGAAGAUGGCGUCAAGGGAGGAACCCUAUUACCAGUGCCUUUGGAGCAGUCAACCUCAGCCAGAAAGAGUAAGAAGCCCAGUCGAAGACGGAAAUAAGCAGGUUUCACUUUGUGUGCAGAUGCUUGACAAGUAGACGAGAAUGGCUUGAAUGUGGUUAAUAAUUUUCACUGUAUCGACAUUCAUUGUAAGGAUGAGGGAAAACUACUGUCAACAGCACUUCUCAAUAUCAGGUACUUAUUAACAUUGUAAAUAUACACACGGCCAAACGAUGAAAAUAAAAGAAAGACCUUUCCCAGUUUA